CAAGGAGAGAGAAAGAGAGAGGAGAGAGUGAGAGAGAGAGAGAGAGCGCUGAAAAACCAGUAACACUUUGCAAAUGAACGGAGGCUGUUGGGUCUGAAGUGGGAGAGUGAACAAGCAAACACCUGGGUGAAUUUUUUAAAAAACCUUCCUGCCUUCAUGGUCAGUGUCACACAUCUCCUAAGAGGAGAACGUGAAGAACUAACUGCAUCCUUCCAACUUAUGGACACCUUUUCAUAGGAAUAUUUUCAUCCACCUUCUAGUUUCCCGGCUCGCUUUUUUGCACGGCUGCUAAGUGUUGCGGGACUCGCUCGCUCAAAGGCAGCUCUUGGAAACACGAUGGCACGGAAGGGGAGGCCCUGGCGAUCGAUGGGCAAAGGACUGGUUCUGGGGGGCCUGCUGACCAGCUUCCUGAUGAUGGUGUACAGUCUGUCCAUGUCACCGUUCCGCUUCCACCAGCAGGAGUCCUGUGCAAAUCAGCCAACUGAGACCCAAGCAUGGACCUCAUAUAACACUUCCCAGCAUGCCUCAGAACAGGGGCGCUCCUGCACACCAAAGCUCAACGUCAUGUUCAUGAAAACCCACAAGACGGCGAGCAGCACGCUCCUAAAUAUUCUGUUCCGCUUUGGAGAGAAACAUCACCUUAAGUUUGCUUUCCCCGACAACCGCAACGACUUCUUUUAUCCCGCGUUUUUCCAGCGCAUGCAGGUAAAGGGCUACCAGCCGGGAAUGUGCUUCAACAUAAUGUGCAACCACAUGCGCUUCAACGAGGGAGAGGUGAGAAGCUUGCUGCCUGCCGACGCAGCAUACAUAACCAUCCUAAGGGACCCUGCUGAGCUCUUUGAGUCUGCCUUCCACUACUUCAACAGGGUAGUGCCCCUCACAUGGGUGAUCCCCAGCAAGAACAAGUUGGCCGAGUUUCUGCGGGACCCCAAGCAGUAUUACAGCCCCAGUAGCUACAACUCCUAUUACCUCAAGAAUCUGCUCUUCUUUGACUUGGGCUAUGACAAUACUCUAGAGCCAGAGGACCCCCAGGUAGAACAGGCCAUCCAGGCGAUGGACAAGCGUUUCCAGCUUGUCAUGAUCGCGGAGCACUUUGAAGAGUCCCUCAUCCUGCUCAAAGACAUCCUUUGCUGGCAAAUGGAGGACCUGCUGUUUCUCAGGCUCAACAUGCGGCGCGGAUCCUCCGUGUUCCGGCUGACACCAGAGCAGAGGAUGCGUGCGCGGGAGUGGAAUGCUGUUGACUGGCGACUGUACCGCCGCUUCAACACUACCUUCUGGGCCAAGGUGGAAGCAUAUGGCAGGGAGCGUAUGGCCCGUGAUGUGGAGGAACUUCGGCGACAAAAUUCUGCCAUGGCUGCCAUCUGUGUUGAGGGCGGACAGCCUGUUGAGGCGGGACAAAUCCGUGAUGCAGCUCUACAGCCCUGGCACCCCUUUGGGGAAAGGUCCAUCAUGGGCUACAACCUCAGGGAGGACAUUGAGCUCCAGUACCGCGAACUGUGCCGCAAGAUGUUGACCCCAGAGAUCCAGUACAUGUCAGAACUGGGCGUCAACCUCUGGAUCACAAAGCUCUGGGGUCAUGUAACAGACCUGCUCAGCUGGUAGCCACACUGGACACUGGGGAUCCAUGCUGCCAGCACAGUGGAGACUAAAGGAAGGACGAUGCACUGACACUCAACACUGGAGCUUAGAAAUGCAAACACACAAACACAGCAAGAUGAAGAAACAAGGUAAUAUUUACUUAAUUUGUGGUAGCAGGAUGGGACUAGCAUGGUUCUCAGCAAAACAUGUAGUUAUUACAAUAAUUCUUUUAAUUAAUAUUGCUAUAUUAUGGCACUGCCAGACAGGUGAUAGUUGAAAUGAAGACUAAGAUAUCUGUGGAAGGGGUGAGUCCUUUGCAAAGGACACCAACCGAUCCCUUGAUUCCAA